GGGAGGAGGAGCCGGCAGCUGGGAUUUGUCCAGGGUGUCAGCUGAAAAGGUUCAGAGUGAGGUGGCUUCUUGGUGGAGCCUGAGUGUCCAGCAAUGGCUCUGGGGCUGGUGAGUUUGUUGCAGGGGAUAGCAGCGAUGGUGAGCAGCGUGUGGACAGUUUUGCCGCUGGCGCUGGCAGUGGCCCUCAGCACCUGGCUGUGGUUUCAGAGGAGCAAGAAUCAGGAGCCGCUGGAGAACUCAGAGGGAGCCGGGCCACAGAGCACUUCCCCGGAGGGCAGUGACCGCAGCCUGGGGGAGAGCAGCCCUGAGGACAGAGAGACAGACGGCUCUCAGCAGGACCCUGCUGAUAAAAUUACAGAUUCUGAAAGUGACAAUAUGCCAGUGAUCAAGACGACAGAAUUGAGAGUUAGUACUCAGCAGCCUCCAGUUGAACAAAAAACAGUGGCUUUGGGAGCUCCAGAUAUUUCUGAUGCGGUGGUAAAGAUUCGUAAAGAGUGUGCACAGGACCAAAAUCUGUCAAAUAAGCAGGAUCCAGCUGAUUCCAGACAAAAGAAUAUUUGUGAGAGCAACCAGACACAAAGUAACUCAAUGGCUCAGGCAACCAGUAUUGGGCAGGUUACUGUUCAUAAUACAAGCAUGGCUGAAGACUGUAACUUCAGCAAAGAGGAGAUUUAUGUUUGUGAAACGAAGUCUGCUGACAAAAUUGCAAAGGUGGAUGAAAAAACUGAUUGUAAAGACGAAGCUUCUGAUCAAAUGUUGAAAUUAGAUAAAAUGAACAGAACAGCUUAUCUAAAGGAAGCAACUGAUACUAAUAUCAGUGAAAAUAACAUUGACAUGAGAGAUGAGUUGGAAUGUCUUAAAACUGAAAAGGAAAGAGAAGAUAAGAGAAAAUUCUUUCAAGAGCAUGUUAAUGCUGAGUCAGAAAGAAUGAGUACAAGUUCAGAGCCUGAAAACGUGACGAGGAAAGUUGCUGCAGUGUCUCCUUUACCUCUCAACAAUGUCUCUGUGAACUUUAAUGUUCACUAUAUUACUUACUUACACUCUCAGAUCCUUGCAGUGACCGGAAACCAUGAGUGUCUGGGGCAAUGGGAGAGAUAUGUGCCAUUGAAACCAGUCAAAGAUGGAUUCUGGUCCAAUUCCAUUCUGCUCCCAAUGAAUUCCAAGAUUGAGUGGAAAUAUGUGGUGGUGGAAGAUGGAAAGAUCUGUAGGUGGGAGGAAUGUUUCAAUAGGAUUCUGGAGACUGGUCAUGAAGACUUUGAAAUAUAUCAAUGCUGGGGUUACCAUUAAAUCCCAUACAAAAGUUGGAGUAACGUAAUAUUCAAGAGUGAGUGGUUAGUAAUGUGGAAUGAUGGAGUUCAAGUUUGAGAUUUUGUGUUCACUUCACUGCUUUCAAAGAGGAACUGUACAUCAGUGAUUUAUGUAAUGUUUUCACUGGAAGCUAACUAUUUCUUUAAAAAAGCUUUUUCUUCUUUGUC